AUGACUAGAACAAGCGGAGCUGGAUCACCAUAUGAGACAUAUAAUGUGGAAAGUCCAGUGGAGGGUAUAAGGUAUGAAGAGACGUUCGCUAUCUCACAGGAACAACUGACCGGACAAAACUUGAGAUAUCCAGAGAGAGCAAAGACGAAGGGUAGCAGGGCACAAAGCGGGCUUCAGAGAAAGCCUCCGGUAGACCUUGAGCCAAUAGCACCUUUAGAAGAAACUACACCUUACGGUGACCCAGAUUUGGAUGGUGGUGAGUAUGACUCUUUACGCCCUUCGAUGAACAAUUUAGAGAAUCAGGAGAAGCUCCAUAAUGAGAAAAGGUUAUUUUCGUUCCUCUUCUCUAAAAAGGUACCUCCAGUCACUCCUCAAGAUGAGCGUAAAGCAUACCCAUGGAAACAUGAAAAUUACUUGCUGAGAAUGGUGUUUUUUUGGUUAUGGCCAACCAUCAUCAAGGGUUACAAGAGGACAUUACAACCUAAUGAUUUGUUUUACUUGACUGACGAGUUGAAGGUUGAGUCAUUGCAUGAUAUAUAUGACAAUCAUCUUGCCGGAUAUCUUGAGAAAGAAAAAAGCAAAUAUUUAAAGUCACACGAUGACUUGACGGAUUUUCAAUGGCCACAAUACUGCAUCCCUUUUGCCUUAUUCAUGACUUUCAAAUGGCAAUAUAUCAUGAGUUGCAGUUUUUUAGCAUUAUCAUUUUGCUGUCAAGCUUUAUCACCCUUACUUACUAGAAGGUUGAUUGAUUUUGUUGAAUAUAGAUACUACGGAUUCGGCGACACCUCAUUGAAUAGAGGUAUCGGUUAUACUAUUGGUUCUGUGGUUUUGAUAUUUGUAAAUGGUUUACUAUUAAACCACUUUUUCCAUAAUGCGAUGGUUUGUGGAGCACAGGCAAAGGCCAUUUUGACGAAAUCAUUAUUAUUGAAAUCCUUCAAAUUAAGCUCAAAAUCAAAGUAUCAAUUUCCAUUGGGGAGAAUAACAUCAUUGAUGACAACGGAUUUAUCCAGAAUCGACUUGGCAAUCGGGUUCCAACCUUUAGUUGUUUGUUUCCCAAUUCCUGUUAUAAUUGCCAUCGUUUUGUUAUUAACGAAUAUUGGAGUUCCAUCGUUGGCCGGUAUAGGAUUAUUCAUCGUCUCGUUAGUUAUUUGUGUUCUCUUAACAAGAAAAUUGUUUCUCACUAGAGAAACGGUUGUCAAGUAUACUGACGAGAGGAUCAGCUUGAUGAGAGAGGUCUUGAACAAUCUUAAGGUCAUAAAAUUUUAUGCUUGGGAAGCAGCUUAUAAGUUGAAUAUUACAAAGAUUAGAGAAAAAGAAAUGAGUUACUUGUUCACAAUCAAAGUGCUUAGGAAUUUCAUUACUGCAUACGCCGUUACGUUACCAACAUUAAGCUCCAUGAUAUCAUUUGUAACAAUGUGGGCUUCGACUAACAUGAAGUCACCAGGUGAGGUUUUCUCUUCACUUUCAUUAUUUUCAAUUUUGGCUCAAGCUAUUAUGUUGCUUCCUAUUGCAUUAGCAACUGGUGCCGACGCUUACAUUGGCUUUACACGUUGUAAAGACUUCUUAAAUGCAAGUGAAUAUAACGAAGAGUUAGAAUCUAAGUUGAAUGCUCCUUACAACUAUUAUAUUGCAGGUGACACCAAUUCUGAAUUCGAAUUCAAAGGGGCAUCGGUGGAAUUAAGUAGUCUUGAAUAUAGCAAGCUGAACGAAACCAUCAUUGAAGUGAAACACGGAUAUUUUGAAUGGGAAGCUUUCUCUACGGAAGAUUUUGACAACAACUCUCUUUGGGAUGUUGCAGACAAAACUAAAAGAAACAAGAAAAAGAACAGAAAAGAGGCGCAAUUCGAAAUUAUCCAAAGAGAAAUUAGCUCCAGUAUUUCGUCUAAUGAUACGAUGUUUGAAAAAACGGCAGCUGCAUCUAAUCAACACUUUCAAGGGCUCCUUGAUGUUAAUUUAAAUAUUAAAAGAGGUGAUUUUGUUAUUGUAACUGGAAUCAUUGGAUCAGGAAAAUCCUCCUUAUUAAGUGGCUUGGCUGGUUUCAUGAAGCUUUACAAAGGCGAGAUGGAUAUAAAUGACAAUUUGUUAUUGUGUUCUUCGCCCUGGAUUCAAAAUACCACUGUAAGAGGAAAUAUCUUAUUCGGAAAGCCUUACAAGGAAGAAUGGUACAGAAAAGUAAUUUUUGCUUGUUGUUUAGAAGAUGAUUUACGCUUGCUUCCGGCAAGAGACUUGACUGAAAUCGGUGAAAAAGGUAUCACUUUAUCAGGUGGGCAGAAAGCUAGAAUCAAUUUAGCUCGUGCUGUAUAUGCAAAUUCAAGCAUUUUGUUGCUUGAUGAUGUAUUAAGCGCAGUUGAUGCUAAAGUUGGAAAGCAUAUUAUUGACCAUUUAUUCAACGACUUAAUGAAGGAUCAUACUUUAAUUUUGGCAACUCAUCAAUUAUCUAUGGUGGAAAAUGCUGAUAAGAUUAUUUUCCUUAAUGGCGAUGGAUCAGUUGAAUUCGGCACUGUUGCGGAAUUAACUUCUAAAUGCCAUCAAUUUAGAAGAUUGAUUCAUUUCAAUAAAGAAGCUUCUGGAGAUUUAGAUGAAAUCAAAGAUAACUAUAGUGAUGUUGUUGAAGAAAUAAAGGCAGGAGAUCCAUACAGUUCAUCAGACAAUGAGUUCCUUGGUAGGUUAAUCGAAGAUGAAGAAAGGGCAACGAAUGCGAUCUCCUGGGGCAUUUACAAGAAGUAUAUCAACUUAGGAUCUGGAAUUUUUGGUUUUGCUGCUGCUCCGGUUUUUGUAUUUUUGGUGGCAUUGGCAACUUUUACUCAGCUUUUCACUAAUGUCUGGUUAUCAUAUUGGAUGGAAAAAAGAUUCAAUGGCAUUUCGAGCCACUUUUACAUUGCAUUUUAUGUAUUAUUUGCAUUUUUGACUGUUAUUUUCACGGCCAUAGAGUUCACCAUGUUAGCCUAUAUGAAUAAUAUUUCUGCUGAGAAGUUAAACGUGAGGGCUGUAGCAAAAAUUUUGCAUGUCCCGUUGAGUUUCAUGGAUGUCUCUCCUGUUGGAAGAGUAUUGAAUCGGUUUACGAAAGAUACCGACUCUUUAGACAAUGAGAUAGGCGAGCAAUUAAGAUUAUUCAUCUUCCCGUUGGCUACAAUUAUUGGUAUUAUCAUAUUAUGUAUUUGCUACUUACCAUGGUUCGCUAUUGCUGUACCAUUCUUAAGCUUUGGAUUCGUCCUCGUUGCAAACAUAUAUCAUGGAUCUUCUAGAGAAAUCAAAAGGUUGGAAGCUACGCAGAGGUCCUUGGUUUACAAUAAUUUCAAUGAAACGUUGACAGGUAUGACCACCAUUCAAUCGUUCAAAGCUGAAAAUGAUUUUGUAAAAAAGAACGACUUUUACAUCAACAAAAUGAACGAAGCCUACUAUUUAUCUAUUGCCAAUCAAAGGUGGCUUAGUGUUCACUUGGAUAUUAUUGCAAGUUCUUUUGCAUUGAUUAUCUGCAUGUUAUGUAUUACGGAUCAAUUUAAUAUUAGUGCGGAAUCGACAGGUUUACUAUUGAACUAUGUUAUUCAAAUCGUUGGAUUAUUAUCUUUGACUGUCCGUUCAAUGACCCAGGUGGAAAAUGAAAUGAAUUCAGUCGAAAGGUUACACGAAUAUGCCUUUGAUUUACCCCAAGAAAAAGACUACAAGAAAACAGAGUUUACACCACCACCAGAGUGGCCACCAUCCGGUUAUAUUCAGUUUAAUCACGUCUCUUUAAGAUACAGACCAAAUUUACCUACGGUGUUGAAAGAUUUGAACUUUAGUAUUUACCCUGGAGAAAAGGUUGGAAUCUGUGGUAGGACUGGUGCUGGAAAAUCAUCCAUUAUGACUGCAUUAUACAGAUUAACAGAGUUAGAACAAGGCUCGAUUUUCAUUGAUGGUUUAAAUAUUGCAGACAUGGGAUUGUACGAUUUGCGCUCCCAUUUGUCCAUUAUUCCCCAAGAUCCUGUUUUAUUUCAAGGGUCGAUUAGAAAGAAUUUAGAUCCGUUUAACCAGUCUAAUGAUAAUGUCUUGUGGGAUGCUUUGAGAAGAUCGGGUGUUGUUGAUGCCGAUACGGCUAACAGAAUUCGUCAUACGAAAUAUGAUCCUGACAAUAAUGUCACUUACGAUAAUCUCCAUAAGUUCCACUUGGACCAAUUCGUUCAAGACGAUGGUCAGAAUUUCUCGUUAGGAGAAAGACAAUUAAUCGCAUUAGCAAGAUCUUUGGUUCGUAAUUCAAAGAUCUUGAUUUUGGAUGAGGCCACCUCUUCAGUUGAUUAUGACACCGACUUAAAGAUUCAACAAACCAUUGCCAGAGAAUUCAAAACUUGUACGAUUUUGUGUAUUGCUCACAGGCUAAAGACCAUAUUGAAUUAUGAUAGAAUUAUUGUCAUGGAUGAAGGAAAAAUCAUCGAAAAAGGAACUCCAAGGGAUCUUUACCACACUAAUGGCACCUUUAGGCAAAUGUGCAAGAAAGCCAAUGUGGCUGAAAAUGAUUUUGAAAUUGGUAGUGAUGUAUAUUAG